AAAAUAUCUCGGCCGCAGUACCAUGGAACCAUCCGGAUCGGAAUAAACAAGGCACGAGGUAGGCGGUGCAGCGCGGCGAGACUCUUCCACCUGCCCACGCGCUCGCGCGUGACACUGUGGCGGAUAUUUACCGCCCCCGAAUGCCACGUGGAAAAGCGGCGCCACGAAGGAAAUAAAAGAGAAGCAGCGGUCGAUCGGCCGGCCGGAACAGCACGGAAGCAGGCAGGCGAGAGCCAUUCGAGAUAUUUUCUCAUCUCUCUCUCUCUCUCUCUCUCUCUGGUUGGUAGUACACGGUGCUGGGAAGGAGACGACGAUGGAGGAGGAGGAGGGGCGGGCCGGCCUGCGGGAGCUCGCGCGUUUCCCGGACGUGAUGGUGGUGUGCUCUUCGGCCGGAUGGACGGACCAGAAGCACAUGCUCUACCUAGGCUUGCUGCAGGAGUCGUUCGUGAACCGGUUACACGACGGUGAAAUCAGCUUCAGGGGGCUCUUCGAUCUCUCCCCAGGAGCAGGAGCUUCUGGGCCCAAGCAACCGUCCAAGGUUGACAGAGCAAAGGUUGAGCGGACCGGACCACCUUGCUGUGGAAAUCAGGGAGAUGGAGAAGUCCAUUCUAUGGAUGAUGAUGAUGAUGAUGAUGCAUCGUCCACUGAGACCGUGCAAGAGUCCAGCUCCCAAGCAAGUGCGACGAGCUCUGGGCGAUCUUCCCCAUGCCAUUCUGCCAAGCGCGGACGUUCCCCUUCUAGCACUGCAGAGGGGUCGGAUCAGAACUUCAUUGACGAGGAUAUAUACAGUUACAAGAGAAACUGGAGAAUCAAGAGAAGGACGACGGCGCAGCAUCAAGCGACUCAAAGUCUGCUGACAUGAUCAAGCAGUUCAUCAUCCAUGAAUGCACAAGAGAAGAAGGGCACCGAGGAUGGUGAUGGCUACCUCACUGGAGGUGGGUUUUGGAUUGCUUGAUGUAAUGUGAACCUGGUCAUCUUUGUGCAAGGAGCAAAAGGAACAUUCACGCACCGUUUAGGUUGUUCUUUGGGCCCGACUGAUGUUGCCUACUCACCCGGUGAAAUCGCCUAGAGAGUUCUAGAAUAGAGAUCAAGUCUCGAGUAACACCUAUGAUGGAGUCCAAGCUUGUAACUUGAGUAGAUUUGUACAGGGCAAGUUUGAACACGGAUAGUUUUGCAGACAGUAGCUUUUUCGACUCUGGAUUCUGAAUUUUGUCGAGACUGUGUUAGAACACAUGCGAAAGGUAGACAGAAAUAGACACGGAGGUGUGACUAUUUUCUAUAUUUUCAGAUCUUUGGAGAAUACUCCCUCCGCUCCGAAAUACUUCUGGAGUACGUACAUGCUUACAAUUGUAAACCCAAUCCUUGAAUAUAUAUACUCCUGGCUUCCCGGCUGGUAGCUCGUGUUAACUGCUGAAA